UGACGGGCAACAUCAUCGUCGCGCUCACCGUGGACUUGUUCUUUCCAGCAACAUUACCUUAGUACCGCGGCCGGGCCAAGUCAGUGCAUCGCGGUCAUCGUACAUACGUCGUGUGCGCGUUGGUUGUACCGAUAAAUCAUGUAUUAAGUAUUAUAGUAUUCGUCCGACGGCUCUCUACAACGUACACACGGCUACUUAACGCCACUACUUAGUAUUUAAAAAAAAAAAAAAUUCAUUUUUUUCACACUCUUGGUUUUUUUAAAUAUCGUUAUUUUACCUUAACCACUGCCGUUAAAGUUUGUUUUAUUAAUUUAUCGCUCGUUACACAGCCGUUUUCGCGGCCCCGAUUGUUCGAGAUAAUCGGUUAUCGGUUGUUAGCGUGAAGUCUUGGACAGGAGCUGCUCUAAGUCAGCAUUCCUGUUUCACCCCGCUCGACCGGGUUUGGUCAGCUCGACUCUAAAACCGGACCAUAAUCCGAAGCAAGAUGCACAACAAAAAGGGCAAGCUAUGCACGAAACUGACCAGCAGCUUCCUGAGGAAGUGGUGGGUUGUCAUUGUCAUCGCCUUGGGUCUUCUGAUCGCAGGAUUCCUAGUUUUAGGAUGUUUCACUGCUCUAGUCAACUUAAUAAUAGAUGAUCAAAUCACUUUAAGGCCUGGUGGACAUACGUUUGAAAUGUGGCGAAAGCCACCCGUUAAUCCAUUGAUCAAAGUGUACAUUUACAACGUUACGAACGCUGAUGAAUUCUUAAACGUUGGUCCCGAUGGUCAACGCGAAAAGCCAGUGCUUGAUGAACUCGGCCCAUACGUUUACGUAGAAACUUGGGAAAAGGUCAAUUUAACUUUUCACUCCAAUGGAACACUUACUUACAACCAGCGCAAAACAUAUGUUUUUGAUCCAGAACAAAGUAUAGGGUCUGAAGAUGAUAUGGUCGUUGUACCUAACAUUCCCAUGCUAAGCGCUACUUCACAAAGUAAGCAUGCCGCAAGGUUCCUUAGGUUGGCCAUGGCUAGUAUUAUGGACAUUCUAAAAGUGAAACCCUUUGUUGAAGUUUCCGUCGGACAACUGCUGUGGGGUUAUGAAGAUCCAUUGUUAAAACUUGCCAAAGAUGUGGUUCCCAAGGAACAAAAAUUACCCUACGAAGAAUUUGGUCUUCUCUACGGCAAAAAUGGAACAUCAAAGGACAAUGUAACAGUGUUUACUGGAGCAACUGAUAUAAGACUUUUUGCGUCACUAGAUAAAUUCAAUGGCCGUAGUCACAUGCAACACUGGACUACAACAGAAUGCAACCGUAUGUCUGGUGGUAGUGACGGAUCUCUUUUUCCUCCACACAUCACAAUGAACACAACUUUGCACAUAUUUGACAAAGAUAUGUGCCGUAAACUUCCAUUGGUAUUUAAUAAAGAAGUAGAAACAAAUGGACAAGUAUUGGGUUAUAGAUUCGUUCCUAGUGAAAAAGCUUUUGCCGACACUGAUCACAAUCCAGAAAAUCAAUGUUACUGUCCAUCGGCAAGUCCUGGUAACACUACAACUAAUUCUUCUUCACCACGACCAUCAAUUGCUGGUCAGUGUGCUCCUCAUGGAACUUUCAACGUUAGUCUUUGCCAAUACGACUCUCCAGUUUUGCUAUCUUUCCCACACUUUUACAUGGGUGAAGAUCGUUUGAGAACUGCUGUUGAUGGUCUCAGUCCACCCGAUCCAGAACUUCAUCAGUUUUACAUUGACAUCCAACCAGAAAUGGGAGUAGCUCUCAGAGCUAAAGCUAGAGUUCAGAUUAAUUUGGCAGUCAGUCAAGUAGUUGAUAUCAAACAAGUCGCCACCUUCCCAGACAUUAUUUUCCCUAUCAUGUGGUUCGAAGAAGGUAUCGAAGGAUUGCCAGCUGACGUUACUGAUCUACUUCGACUUGCAACUCAAACGCCUCCUGUUGCUAAAUCUGCUUUACAGUAUUCCCUCUUUACCGUAGGAACUAUUUUAUUGGUCUUAGCAAGCAUUUGUCUAGUAAGGAAAUCUAGCCGACAAGAAACCAUGUCACUGGAAGGUACAGCACAUUAUGCUGUUGGCGAAAAAGCGACGAAUAAAAAGAAAUCAAUAUCUGCAUCAAAUGGUUUAUCAGUCAAUGGUGGAAAACAGAAUCAAGGUUUCACACAUGACUCAUAGAAUAUUAAUCUGUUAGAUAGAUUUCCUUAUGAUGUUCAUAUGCUGUGUAUAUGAUAACAUAAUGAUAGAUAUUAUCGGUGAUUAUAACGUAUAACCAAGAAAGCUCAACACACAUUUUAUACUUAAUAUAAUUUUAUGUAUAAUAUCAAAGUUUUGUUGUGCUGUUUUAUUAUUAAAUAUAUAAUUAUUGAAUUUUGUAAUGAUGUCCCCUCGUUUCGAAAUAAUAAACGUUUGGUGCAGGUGUAUACAAGUUCUCCCCUUCCCCUAGCCAUUCAACUACAAAAGUCCUUGUAUAUUAUGUUUUGCUCAUUAUAGAUUAUUUUAAUUAUUCGUUAUUAAUUGUAUGAGUAUUUUUAUUAUUAUUAUGUAAUUGUGACGUUUGUAAAUAGAAAAACAAUUAUAUUAUUUGAUGUCGCAUAUAACAACAAAUCCGUCUUCCAUUACAAGUAUAUGUAAGCUCCGUGUUUUAAAUUAUUAUGAUUUUUUUUUUUUAAUAUGAAGUAUGUAUAAUUUUAUUGUAUAUCAAUAUCGCUCUGAAGAGAUUUUAUAAUCAAACUGCGUUAUAUACUUAAAUAGUAUUAUAAUUAUUGUAUUUAGUAUUACCAUAUUAUUUGUAAAUGCGUUUAUGCGAAUAUUUGUUUGUGUGUGCGUGUUAUUGUGUGUACAAAAUAUAGAAACAAAAUAAGAAACCAAUUA